UCUGAGUGCGAUUUACGUUUCAUUAUUGCGAGAAAUAACGAAGCACGUUGCUGAAGUGGAACCUCUGGAUCUCUCUCUCUCUGCGAUGGAGUUUCGCGUUUCCGUCAUUUGGAGCCUUCUCCUCAUUGUCUCUUUCUUCUCUCCUCAAAUCAAGGGUGAGGCUUCUGGUUCCGUCUUCUUCGUCGAUAGCUCCAGUAAUCAAUUCAUUCGCGCCAGAUCAUCCAACUAUGAGCAACCUUCACUGUUGCUAGAAGAAGCUGGUGCUGCUGUGUCAGUCUUGCUUGGUUUUGCUCCUCCUUCCACCCUUCCAGCUGCCAGUUCAUCCAAGUUGAAUGAUGUUCUGAUUCCUAACCCAUUCAAGAGGCCUCGUGCUGUGUUUUUGCUGGAAGUGAAUGGAAUCAAUGGUCUUGGAAAUAUUGUCCAGGAUAAUCCAAUGUUCAGCAAUUCAUUUUGGAGUACAAAUUCAGAUAAAGUUGACAUUCAACUUCCAGAUGAAAAUGAUGUUUCUGUGGUUUCUUUGGAUGAGCAACUGGAAGACUGGACUGACAAAGAAAUUAGUGAUUUUUCAUCUUCGAUAGGUGGAUCAUAUGCUCCUGAUGCCCUUGAGCCAUUAAAUGGAGUGCUUACCAUUCCAUUGGCAAAUGGUGCCUCAGUGAAUCUUCAUAUGUCAAAGAAAGCAGAAAGGAAGUUCAUCAUAGGUCUUAUGUCUCUCACACGUAAUGUCCAAAGAGCAAUUCAAAUGCAUGACAAUUUAUCACAGAGUGUGAAGAGUCCUGCUGAGUUGUUAACAGGAUGCUUCAAUGGCAUUAAGGUUUUGCAAGAGCAAUAUGAAACUGAAAGUAUUGCUCAGCAUGGAGUUGAAUUGCUAUAUGCAACUUUGACAAAGAUAUUUAGUUCACUGCAAGAAGCAUAUAAAGGUCAAAUUGUUGGAAUUAUCUACUGUCACGGGGCCACUACUCAAGAGUCGGGCAAGAAGUUUGAUGUGAUAUUUACUCCUCACCAUCCGUAUGCUCGAUGGUUGGCAGAAACAAAUGCAGUGAAUGCAACAUUGCCAGAAGUGGUGCUGGUUAGGAGAACCCUUGCUUGGAUAACAGGAAUUAUAUUGCUCGUUUCAACCCUUAUGGGGAUAUGCUACCUCCUGAAUAUGCCGCUCACAAGGGACACCCUUCUAUAUUCUAAUGUCAAGCUUGAUUAAGCAUGGAUGCGCACCAAGACAAAUCUUUUCAACCAACGAAGGAGAACCGGUCUGCCGCUGAACCUUGUAAUUGGGGGAGUCUUUUUCUUGAUGCCUCUAAUCCGUGUGCAUGAUUAUAUUAUUGUUAUAGCUUUUGUUACUUGUGUUUAAUGGACCGGUGUAGCCAAUUAUAUUCAUAUAAUGAGGUAUUGGAAACUAGUCCAAUCAGGAUUUGAGUCUAGAGAAUAGGGGAUUAUUGUGUACCGAUGUUGUUUAAAUGUGAAGCAUUGUUCCCCCGUGUUUAAUCAGGACGUAGAUAGUCAUAGUAGGUGUGUUAUUAUUCCAGCCAUUUACCAUAAUGGGUGUACCCCGUGGUUAUCAUUUUGAUCGAAAUUAUUUCAAUUCUAUUGUAAAAUAAUGAUCAUUUCUGUUUCUAAAUAAUGAGCAGAGCAUUGUUUUCAUACAACACGAGCUCACCAUUUAUUGACA